AUGUCACCACAGGACCGAGAAGACAUGGCCAGGAUUCGCCAGCCUGGACCCGAUGAUCCGCUCACGAAGUGCCAAAAUAAAAUACACAAACUCGGAGCUCAACUUCUUGACUACAUCAGACGUGAUGAUGGUACCCCGGCGUACUUUGACUGUGAUGAUGACACCGGCGCUCGCACGUUUGUCGUUUUUGAUAUACCACCCAAGGGCGAGACGCUUACAACAGUCAAAGUUAAUCUGGAGCGGAGCAAGGCACAGGUUAAAGAUCUAGAGGAACAGCUCGCAACCAAGAACCUCGAAAUCACCGCGCUCAAGGAUUUCUACGACAAGAUCAAAGGCACCGAGCUGAAAGCAGUUGUGCCACCCGCAGGCGGGUCGCCCCAAGUCACAAAUACAUUCUCGGAUCCCAGCACUGCAGCCACGAGCAUGACGCUCAUCAGACCUGAACCAAACAAGAGCACGCCGGUGAAUCGUGUGGCGACCUCGCUUGACACCAAUCACAAGACGGCAAUCAAGUCACGCGAAUCCAUGGCACCAGAGAUUCCGGCUCGCGAAACUGCUGGCAGUUCUGUCGAAAGCUCCCAUCCUAACGUUGAGCAUAGUGAUGGCAACGAGGAUUCUUCCGACGCCGACGGUUCGGAAUACGUCAGCGAUGCCGCGGAUUCCUCCGACAGCGAUGGAGAUGCAAAGAAAAAGAUUGGCCACAAAAAGCAUCCUGCGACCACCACCCCUUUCAACACCCCACAGCGAAAGAAGUUGAAGGCGGAGAAGCCGCAGCCGAAGCCAUACAUAACAAGCGACGACGAGGUCAUCCCAGUGGGAAAGUUUAUGUUUACGCGUGACGUGAUGGCAAUUAACAUCAAAGCCCGACCUUGGAUCUUUGAAUGGCCCAAAAACUCUGGAAAUCUGAUGGUGUUGAAGUGUCCUGGUGGCUGUAACAUGUCUGGCCACACCGGCUGGUACGUCGACAAUCCUUUAUACAAGGAUUAUGCUAGAUUGCACUAUAUGGGUGCGCACAAAAAAGGUACACCCAUGAAGUUGAUCAUGUCAUCGGGUGGCAGAAGGAUCGUUCCUGAUCCCGAUAAUGAAACAGAAAAGGCCAUGUCUAAAGAGCAGUUCCGAAAGAGGGUCUUGGAUCUCAACAAACAAACAAACAACAUCCGGAUGCAAGACACUGAAAAUUGGUAUGUCCAGCCGGGCAGAGAGGAGGCCAGGUGGCAGCAAGCAAAGAGAAGAGCAGACCUAGCUUUACAAAAGAACGGGAUUAGGCUGAAGCAGAAGAAUAAGGAGAGAUAG